ACGAACAUAAGGAUAAUGAGGACGAACAUAUGGAUAAUGAAGACGAACAUAAGGAUAAUGAGGACGAACAUAUGGAUAAUGAAGACGAACAUAAGGAUAAUGAGGACGAAUAUAUGGAUAAUGAAGACGAACAUAAGGAUGAAGAUAUGGCAAAAGAUGAAAUCGUGAAGCCCUUGACUCUCCAGAAAUUGACCGAGUUUGAAAAGGAACAAAAUAAAACUGGAUUGGUGUAUUUAUCACGAAUUCCACCCUUUAUGAAGCCGGCAAAGAUUAAGCAUCUAUUGAGCAAAUAUGGUGAAGUAGGAAGAGUUUAUCUUGCACCUGAAGAUCCCAAAAUAAGAGCUCGGCGAAUAAAAUAUAAAGGACAUAGGAAACAAAACUACACUGAAGGAUGGGUUGAAUUCAUGGAUAAAAAAGUUGCAAAAACCGUUGCAACUGCCUUGAACGCUCAACCAAUUGGAGGAAAUAAGCGUAAUUUCUACCAUGAUGAUUUAUGGAACAUCAAAUAUUUGCCCAAAUUCAAAUGGAACAAUUUAACAGAACAAAUAGUCUACGAAAAUAGAGAAAGAACACAUCGUCUUCAAGCCGAGAUUUCCAAAUCCCGAAGAGAAAUCAAAGAUUACGUAAGAAAAGUAGAGAAAUCAAAAAUGAUUCGAAAUAUUGAAGAGAAAAAGGCAAAGAAGC